GCGGCGGCGCCGGGAGCCGAGCAGCGGAGCUGUGAGGAACGAGCGGUGGCGUGAGAACGGCAGGGACUGACAGGUGGCAAACCCUCGCCCGCGCUGAUCGGGUUUGCUGGGGCGCCCGCGGAACCUGGCGGUCCGGGCGUGGCGGCGGUGGCAUCCCGGACGGCCUGUGAGGGAUGCGCCGCCCACUGCCCUGCGCCGCCUGACUGCCCCCGCCUCGCCUCGCGGUGCGCCACAGCCGGGCCCGCGGCCGUCCCCGCCGCGCUGUCGCCGGGCCGCCGCCGCGCCCGCGGGGUCGCGCCCGGCCCGGCCAUGUGGACCCCCACGGAGGAAGAGAAAUACGGCGUAGUGAUAUGCAGCUUUCGAGGAUCUGUCCCUCAAGGGUUGGUCUUAGAAAUAGGAGAAACAGUCCAGAUUCUUGAAAAAUGUGAAGGUUGGUAUAGAGGAGUUUCAACAAAGAAGCCAAAUGUAAAGGGGAUCUUUCCUGCAAAUUACAUUCAUUUGAAAAAAGCAAUUGUCAGUAAUAGGGGGCAGUAUGAAACUGUGGUUCCACUUGAAGAUUCUAUUGUGACUGAAGUUACAGCAACUCUGCAAGAAUGGGCCAGUCUGUGGAAACAACUCUAUGUGAAACAUAAAGUAGAUCUUUUCUACAAGCUACGCCAUGUGAUGAAUGAACUUAUUGACCUUCGAAGGCAGCUCCUGUCUGCUCACCUGACUCAGGAUCAGGUGCGGGAGGUUAAGCGGCACAUCACCGUGCGCCUGGACUGGGGCAAUGAGCAUUUGGGCCUGGACCUGGUGCCUCGAAAGGACUUUGAAGUAGUGGAUGCGGACCAGAUUAGUGUCUCAGAUCUCUAUAAAAUGCAUUUAUCUAGCCGGCAGAGCGUACAGCAAAGCACAUCUCAGGUAGAUACAAUGCGCCCACGACAUGGGGAAACCUGUCGGAUACCAGUGCCACAUCACUUCUUCCUCAGUCUGAAGAGUUUCACCUACAAUACCAUUGGGGAAGAUACCGAUGUCUUCUUUUCCUUAUAUGAUAUGAGAGAAGGCAAGCAGAUCAGUGAGCGGUUUCUGGUGAGACUGAACAAGAAUGGUGGGCCAAGGAACCCAGAGAAGAUAGAACGAAUGUGUGCCCUUUUUACAGAUCUGAGCAGCAAAGAUAUGAAGAGAGAUUUAUAUAUAGUUGCCCAUGUGAUACGAAUAGGCCGGAUGCUCCUGAAUGACUCAAAGAAGGGCCCUGCUCACCUGCACUAUCGGCGGCCAUAUGGCUGUGCAGUCCUAAGCAUCCUGGAUGUCCUGCAGUCGCUCACAGAAUUAAAGGAAGAGAAGGAUUUUGUUCUUAAGGUUUACACGUGCAACAACGAGAGUGAGUGGUCCCAGAUCCACGAGAAUAUCAUCCGCAAGUCCAGUGCCAAGUACUCUGCCCCCAGCGCCAGUCAUGGUCUUAUCAUUUCUCUGCAGCUUCUUCGUGGAGACAUGGAACAGAUUAGGAGAGAAAAUCCUAUGAUAUUUAAUAGGGGAUUGGCAAUUACAAGAAAAUUGGGAUUUCCUGAUGUCAUCAUGCCAGGUGAUAUCCGCAAUGACCUGUACCUAACCCUGGAGAAGGGGGACUUCGAGAGAGGGGGAAAGAGUGUACAGAAGAAUAUUGAAGUGACCAUGUAUGUGCUUUACGCAGAUGGAGAAAUCUUGAAGGAUUGCAUCAGCUUGGGUUCAGGAGAGCCGAAUAGGAGUUCCUACCACUCCUUCGUCCUCUACCACAGUAAUAGUCCUCGCUGGGGAGAAAUUAUCAAAUUGCCCAUCCCCAUUGACCGGUUCCGGGGCUCCCACCUGCGCUUCGAGUUCAGACACUGUUCCACAAAGGACAAAGGGGAAAAGAAACUCUUUGGCUUUGCAUUCUCACCCCUGAUGCGGGACGACGGCACCACCCUCUCAGAUGAUAUCCACGAGCUCUAUGUGUACAAGUGUGAUGAGAAUAGCACAUUUAACAACCAUGCUCUGUACCUGGGCCUGCCCUGCUGCAAAGAGGACUAUAACGGCUGCCCUAACAUCCCCUCCAGCCUCAUCUUCCAACGCAGCACCAAAGAGUCUUUCUUCAUUUCCACACAGCUCUCCUCCACCAAACUCACCCAGAACGUGGACCUCCUUGCUCUGCUGAAAUGGAAGGCCUUUCCAGACCGGAUCAUGGACAUCCUAGGGCGGCUGCGGCAUGUCAGUGGGGAGGAAAUUGUUAAGUUUCUACAGGACAUCUUAGAUACGCUGUUUGUGAUUUUGGAUGAUAAUACAGAGAAAUAUGGCCUGUUGGUGUUUCAGUCUUUGGUAUUCAUCAUCAACCUGCUCCGAGACAUCAAAUAUUUCCACUUCCGACCUGUAAUGGACACAUACAUCCAGAAGCACUUUGCUGGAGCCCUGGCAUACAAGGAGCUAAUCCGCUGUUUGAAGUGGUACAUGGACUGCUCAGCAGAACUGAUUCGGCAGGACCACAUUCAGGAAGCCAUGAGGGCCUUGGAGUACCUUUUCAAGUUUAUUGUGCAGUCAAGGAUCCUGUACUCACGUGCCACCUGUGGGAUGGAAGAGGAGCAAUUCCGGUCCAGCAUCCAAGAACUUUUCCAGUCCAUCCGGUUUGUGCUCAGUUUGGACAGCAGAAACUCAGAAACACUCCUUUUCACUCAGGCUGCACUUCUCAAUUCCUUCCCAACGAUCUUUGACGAGCUGCUGCAAAUGUUCACUGUGCAGGAGGUAGCAGAGUUUGUGAGAGGGACUCUGGGGAGCAUGCCCAGCACUGUGCACAUUGGGCAGUCAAUGGAUGUGGUCAAGCUGCAGUCUAUUGCCAGAACUGUGGAUAGCCGCCUAUUUUCUUUCUCAGAAUCCCGCCGCAUCCUGCUUCCUGUGGUUCUCCAUCACAUUCACCUUCACCUGAGGCAGCAGAAAGAGCUGCUAAUCUGCUCAGGGAUUCUUGGCAGCAUCUUCUCCAUCGUCAAGACCAGCUCUCUGGAGGCAGAUGUCAUGGAGGAGGUAGAAAUGAUGGUGGAGAGCCUCUUGGACGUGCUCUUACAGACUCUGCUCACCAUCAUGAGCAAAUCGCACGCUCAGGAGGCGGUAAGAGGGCAGCGGUGCCCGCAGUGCACAGCAGAGAUCACUGGCGAGUAUGUGUCCUGCCUUCUCUCAUUGCUCCGCCAGAUGUGUGACACCCAUUACCAGCACCUCCUGGACAACUUCCAGAGCAAAGAUGAGCUCAAGGAAUUCCUGCUGAAGAUUUUCUGUGUGUUCCGGAACCUGAUGAAGAUGAGUGUCUUUCCUCGGGACUGGAUGGUGAUGAGACUUCUCACAAGCAAUAUUAUAGUCACUACAGUCCAGUACCUGUCUUCUGCACUGCACAAGAAUUUCACAGAGACAGACUUCGACUUUAAGGUGUGGAAUUCUUAUUUUAGCCUGGCAGUUCUGUUCAUAAAUCAGCCAAGCCUUCAGCUAGAAAUCAUUACUUCCACCAAGAGGAAGAAAAUUCUAGAUAAGUAUGGGGACAUGCGUGUGAUGAUGGCUUAUGAACUGUUCAGCAUGUGGCAGAAUUUGGGUGAACAUAAGAUCCACUUUAUUCCGGGAAUGAUUGGUCCUUUUCUGGGUGUGACACUGGUCCCACAGCCAGAAGUGAGGAAUAUCAUGAUUCCCAUCUUUCAUGACAUGAUGGACUGGGAGCAAAGGAAAAAUGGCAACUUCAAACAGGUGGAGGCCGAGCUGAUUGACAAGCUGGACAGCAUGGUGUCAGAAGGGAAAGGCGAUGAGAGCUACAGGGAGCUCUUCGGCCUGCUAACCCAGCUGUUUGGGCCCUACCCCAGCCUGCUGGAGAAAGUUGAACAGGAAACAUGGCGUGAGACCGGCAUUUCCUUUGUAACCUCGGUCACCCGCCUCAUGGAACGCCUUCUUGACUACAGGGAUUGCAUGAAAGGAGAGGAGACAGAGAAUAAGAAGAUCGGCUGCACUGUUAACCUGAUGAACUUUUACAAAUCUGAGAUUAACAAAGAAGAGAUGUAUAUCCGCUAUAUCCAUAAGCUUUGUGACAUGCAUUUGCAGGCCGAAAACUACACAGAAGCUGCAUUCACUCUGCUCCUCUACUGUGAGCUGCUACAGUGGGAGGAAAGGCCACUGCGGGAAUUCCUCCAUUACCCAUCCCAGACAGAGUGGCAGCGGAAAGAGGGACUGUGCCGCAAGAUCAUCCACUACUUCAACAAAGGCAAGAGUUGGGAGUUUGGGAUCCCACUGUGCAGGGAGCUGGCGUGUCAGUAUGAGAGCCUCUAUGAUUAUCAGAGCCUCAGCUGGAUUCGGAAAAUGGAGGCCAGCUACUAUGACAACAUCAUGGAGCAGCAACGCCUGGAGCCUGAGUUCUUUCGGGUCGGCUUCUAUGGCAGGAAGUUUCCUUUUUUCCUUCGGAACAAAGAAUACGUGUGCCGUGGCCACGACUACGAGAGGCUGGAGGCCUUCCAGCAGAGGAUGCUCAGCGAGUUCCCACAGGCUGUCGCCAUGCAGCACCCCAACCACCCUGAUGACACCAUCCUGCAGUGUGAUGCCCAGUACUUGCAGAUCUAUGCAGUGACGCCCAUUCCAGAUUAUGUGGACGUCCUGCAGAUGGACAGGGUCCCAGAUCGCGUCAAGAGCUUCUACCGCGUCAACAAUGUGAGGAAGUUCCGGUACGACAGGCCUUUUCACAAAGGCCCCAAGGACAAGGAGAAUGAAUUCAAGAGCCUGUGGAUCGAGCGAACCACGCUGACCCUGACCCACAGCUUGCCUGGCAUCUCUCGGUGGUUCGAAGUGGAGAGGAGGGAGCUGGUGGAGGUGAGCCCCCUGGAGAAUGCCAUCCAGGUGGUUGAGAAUAAGAACCAGGAGCUGCGGGCCCUGAUCAGCCAGUAUCAGCACAAGCAGGUGCACGGCAACGUCAACCUGCUCAGCAUGUGCCUGAAUGGCGUCAUUGACGCUGCUGUCAACGGAGGCAUUGCACGCUACCAAGAGGCCUUCUUUGAUAAAGAUUACAUCACCAAGCACCCAGGAGAUGCUGAGAAGAUCACUCAGCUCAAGGAACUCAUGCAAGAGCAGGUUCAUGUUCUUGGAGUCGGGCUGGCAGUUCAUGAGAAGUUCGUGCACCCAGAAAUGCGCCCUCUGCAUAAGAAGCUGAUUGAUCAGUUCCAGAUGAUGCGGGCCAGUCUCUACCAUGAGUUUCCGGGUUUGGACAAGCUAAGUCCUGCAUGUUCAGGCACCAGCACCCCACGGGGAAAUGUCCUAGCAUCCCAUAGCCCCAUGAGCCCAGAGAACAUCAAGAUGACCCACCGGCACAGCCCCAUGAACUUGAUGGGGACCGGCCGCCAUUCAUCAUCCUCUCUCUCCUCACACACAUCUAGCGAAGCUGGAAACGUGGUGAUGUUGGGUGACAGCUCCAUGGGCGAGGCUCCUGAGGACCUGUACCAUCACAUGCAGCUCGCGUAUCCCAACCCCAGGUACCAGGGCUCAGUCACCAACGUCUCUGUUCUGUCCUCGUCCCAGGCAAGCCCUUCUUCCUCCAGCCUGAGUUCCACUCAUUCAGCACCAUCCCAGAUGAUUACCUCUGCCCCUUCCAGUGCCCGAGCACACAAACCUGAAAGGCUCACAGUAGCAGUGAUGGAGAGAGAGAUGCAGUGGCCAACUGGGAAAAGCCUCAGCAGACAGCAGAAGGGGGGCUCUCCCUCUCUGCCAGAUAAGUACCGCCAUGCCCGGGAAAUGAUGUUGCUGCUGCCCACACACCGGGAUCGCCCAAGCAGUGCCAUGUAUCCAGCAGCCAUCCUGGAGAACGGACAGCUGCCAAACUUCCAGCGGGCCCUGUUCCAGCAAGUGGUUGGAGCCUGCAAACCCUGCAGUGAUCCCAAUCUGUCUGUGGCUGAAAAAGCGGUGCCAGCAGCCCCCAGCAGCUGGAGCCUGGAUAGCGGAGCCCGAGAGGCCCAGCCCUUCCUGUCUGCCCACACGGGGUGCAUCCUGGCCCCCCCAGUGCCUCCCCGAAGCCUGCUGCAUGGUCAUUACUCCCUACACUUUGACGCCUUCCACCACCCCCUGGGUGACACCCCCCCGGCCCUCCCAGCCCGGACCCUGCGCAAGUCUCCUCUCCACCCUAUCCCAGCCUCCCCCACAAGCCCCCAGUCGGGCCUGGAUGGCAGCAACUCUACGCUGUCUGGCAGUGCCAGCAGCGGUGUGUCUUCCCUAAGCGAGAGUAACUUUGGGCACUCCUCGGAGGCCCCUCCUCGAACCGACACCAUGGACUCCGUGCCGAGCCAGGCCUGGAAUGCUGACGAAGAUCUUGAGCCGCCCUACCUCCCCGUCCACUACAGCCUCUCUGAGUCCGCUGUCCUGGACUCCAUCAAGGCCCAGCCGUGCCGAAGCCACUCAGCCCCGGGAUGCGUCAUCCCUCAGGACCCCAUGGACCCACCUGCGCUGCCACCCAAGCCCUACCACCCCCGCCUGCCGGCCCUGGAGCACGACGAGGGUGUGCUGCUGCGCGAGGAGGCUGAGAGGCCUCGGGGCCUGCAUCGCAAGGCCUCGCUGCCUCCUGGGAGCACCAAGGAAGAGCAGGCUCGCAUGGCCUGGGAGCACAGCCGAGGGGAACAAUGAGGGGCAGGGAGGCAGCUGGGACACCACCCUCAGUGAGCAGCUUGCCCCACCACUCCAGGUC